CGUUCGCGUUAAGCGGCAACCGCCACGCGACAAAGCUCAAAAAUUGCCGAAAAAUAUAUACAAAAUAAAUAGAAAUCGGAUAAGCGCUGAGUGUAAGCGAGAGCGACAAAAUUCAGCCACUGACAAUUAGACAGUCCAAGCGCUCGCACAUAAUGCUAAUGGCGUUGACAGUGCUAUUGACAAGCGUACCGCAAGUACCGCUGUCAAUGUUUCACUGAAGCGCAACGGCAACGCUUCAGCAGCUUUCGUCGCUGACCAGCAGCAGCAUCAACUACAGUUUAUCAAUGUCAAACAAGCAGAGGAUGCCAAUCGUUGAUGCAUUAAAACUCCCGCACUAUUUCCGCGUUUUUAACUGUGUAUGUGUGCAUGUGCGUGUGUGUGUGUGUGUGUGUUAACCACUGACCGCUGACCACUUUUGUUACAUUUUUCAAUUAAUUCGGCUCAACAAAUGGUCACGUGCGGCCGUCAAACGUUCAAUAUGCUGCCGAUGGGACAGCAUCCCUUGCUGGUGUCCGUUAGCAGCGCCACACAGUCAACAGCCUCCGGAGUUGCCGCCGCUACAGUCUCCAACGUCAACAGCGUCGGCGGCGGCGGCGGCGGCGGCAGCAGCAAACCCAAGCUGGCCUUUAGCAUAGACUCCAUAGUGGGUGCACCAGCUCGCCCGCCGGCUCCGCUUCCACUGCGUGUAAGCGUCAUUGCCUCGCCGCCACGCAGUCUCAGCCCCGAUGUAGCUGCCACUUCACCCAGCAGCGAGCAACGCACACCGCCGGCGCCGCCGCGCGGCUUCAUCUACUGCCGGCGGCGGACUUCGCUGGACGAACGUUCGCGCAGUCCGCAGCCGUCGGUUAGCCGCUCGCCCUCAACCUCGCCCACGCUGACAACAACAACAACAAGCACAGCAACUGUUGCCAGCGCCACAACAACUACAGCCAUGUGCUUACCUGGACUUAUACGUCCGCUGCCGCUGCCUGCACCGCCAAAUUUAGCUUUACUUGCAACACGCUCCACGGGCAGCGAUUCGCCCACGCCAGUGCGUCCCACAGCAGCAGCGCCACCACCACCACCACCUCCUUUUCUUGCUGCACAGUUUCAAAUGGCCGCUGCCUUGGCGCAUCAUCAUCAUCAGCAACAGCAGCAGCAACAACAGCAGCAGCAGCAACAUCCGUCCGUGCCAACGGGGCCAUUGCAUGGUCCGCCGCCGCCCACGCAUUUGCCACCUGGACAUCCCUUAGGCAUAUUUCCAGCGGGUCCACAUCCUGGCCAUGCGCCGCCACAUGGCCAUCAUCCUUUUGUGGCUGCUCCUCAUCUUAUACGUGAUAGCUAUCCGCUGUACCCUUGGCUGCUCAGUCGCCAUGGACGCAUCUUUCCACGCUUUCCAGGCAAUUUUCUGCUGCAACCUUUUCGCAAGCCAAAACGUGUGCGCACCGCCUUCUCGCCAACGCAAUUGCUCAAGCUGGAGCACGCCUUUGAGGGCAAUCAUUAUGUGGUGGGUGCGGAGCGUAAGCAGCUAGCUCAAGGACUAAGCCUAACAGAGACGCAGGUCAAAGUUUGGUUCCAGAAUCGUCGCACCAAGCACAAGCGCAUGCAACAAGAGGGUGGCGACGCCGGCAGUGAUACGAAGAGCAACAAGGGCAGCUCCUCGGGCGGCGGCGCUGGCGAUGGCAACGAGGAUGGCAAGCCGGAGGGCUCGCAGCAUAGCUCGACGGAUGUCGAAGAUGAGGAAGAUAUUGAUGAGGAUGAUGAAGAUGAAGUCAUCGAUAUGGAUGACUAUGGCAGCGAUAUGGAUGCUGAGGAGCAUCAGCGAUUGCGCGAGCAGUUUCAGCAACAGUUGGUGCAACAUCAGCAGCAGUUGCUGCAACAGCAGAGCGAGGCAGCAGCACUGACGCCGCAACAGCAGCAGCAAUUGCUGCAACAGCAUCAGCAGCAACUGCAGCAGCAGCACCAGCAACAGCAGCAGCAGCAACAACAACAGCAACAUUUUAUGCAACAGCAGCAGCAAAUGUAUUUGCGAGAACGAGAGCGUGAGCGAGAGCGUGAGAAGCAGUAAGCAGUGUUCCUGUAUAAAUUAUUU